AUGCGUCCUGAGGCACAAAAAGACGACUUGUACGACAAACUCGCCGAACUCAUUCGGUUGAGCCGAAGAUCCGAUACAGUUGUGCCCGCAGGUGAUUCUAACGCGGUUGGAAAAAUUAACGCGUCACAAGCUUGCCUAGGCGGUCUUCAUGCUCUGCGCAGCCAGCUGUUUCUAUCAAGCACCAACUUCCGAUACAAUUCUGAACGAACAGUAACCUGGCGCUCCGCUUCGACUGGUACGCCAAAUCAAAUCGACCACAGCAAUAAGCUACCGUUGGACGACCUACGUUGA